AAAGAGUAUCCAAAUUGUUUGUUUUAACAUAUUACGUUGUUGUACAAAGAAAAACGUUCAUACUCAAAGUUUGGUAACUGGCCUAGUUGACUAAUAGCCAUGGCCAAACACAAGCAGCUACCAGAGAUCAUUCGACCACAAAGAACACGAGAAGUGAACGUUUGACGUUUGAAGUUCGGUUUCAUACAACUCUUGAAAAACACACCCACGGACUAACGACACCUGAGUUGUGUACAUAAUGUAAGAUAUGUUUACUUGUGCGUGAGUUUAGCAGUAAUCGUCUAUAAUAAGCAUAACACAUUAGAGAUGGGAUUUGUUGCACUACUCUAAUUUCAGAAUCACUUUAUGGAUAUGGAAGGUGAAGAUGAUGAGACAAUCAAUUUCAUUGCUCUAGAAACCGAACUUCAUGCUGCAAUAGAAGAAGAUGCUAAGUACUGGCGAGAGAAUGAUGCAAAAUUAAAAGCUGUGGAGCAACGAGUUGCCACAUUUGAUGAAUUCAGGGACCUGGUAAAAGCAUCGCACUUAAAACCACUGGACAGAACUGAGAAGCUAAACAGUUUACAACCCAAGAGAAGCAGUAUAUGGAACAGUCUUGCCCCUAGAAAAAAGCAGGGAGUUGAAAUGGAAACCACCCAGCCAUGCACUCUGAAUAUGAUACAGCAUGGAGACAGUGUGCCUACAACAGUAGAAUUUGUCAGGCGAUGGCGACCACUGGAUAUAUGUGAUCGCCUCUUGCUCCUCAAACGCACUGGUGCACAGACUGUAGGGCAGUUAGUUAAAUCAGAAAUACCAGUAGGAAUAUUAGGGGAGAUCCUUCAGGCUUUGUUGGCUUUCCCAUCAAAUACCACAGACAUUGUAUUUGUGGUCAGGUUGUUGGAAGCUCUGACAGAAGCAAAACGAUUUAAUCUAAGUCUUCAGUUUUUGAGCUCUGUAGAAAAAGCAACAUGUAAGCAGCUGAUGGAGAAGUUGAAUAGAAGUUUCCAGAAUCGCCAGCAGGACCUUGCAGAAGAAGGAAUCACAGAAUGGACUGUUCUUGAGCUCAAGAAUAAAUAUAAAAUGUAGGAGAAAUACAGGACACAAUCAACACAUCAUUUCAAAUUGAAACGUGUACAAUAAUAUUACAAAUUUUUAUCUAUUUUGGAAACAUUGCAUUACUGAUUGAAAUGUUAUGUAAUAUACAGCUAAAAUGCAUAGACUACCAGUGGAAAAUUAGUAACAUGACUUUCAUUUCCUUGUGCUGAGCAUAUUUUUAUUAACAAUUGUCCAACCUUCGUUCUGUAUGGUGUUUGAAAUUGCUCUUCUGUUAGGUAUUUACUGCUUCUACGCACCUCAGCUACUGAAUAAGCAAGCAGAAGUGAAGUUCACAUGCUGUUGGAUCCACCAUGAAGCUGCACGGCAUCAAAAUAAUAACAUAUUUAGUUCCAGUUACCUGAUAGUAAUUGAGCCUCUGGUUACUGGUGAACUAACUUCUUCACUGAUCUGCUGUGCUACCAUCCAAAUGGCAAUAUUCUGAUGUCAGUAUUAAAAUAAUGGAUAUGGAAAUAUACACAGCCACAAACACACAGCUUCAGAAACAAAACAAAAAGCAAUUGAGUUAAGCGGAAAAAUGACCUGGUCUGUUAGAAUUCUGGUAUAAUCAGGCUUAAUGUAUCAGUUUAUAAAUGAGUAUACAUUUUGGAACAUCCAUGUCAGAAUAUUACUUAAAACUAAAUGUGAGUGCAGCAAAAGCCUUGGUUGCAAGCUGCUGUUCAACAGCAACAUUUCCUGACAAUGCUGCUAGCUUGUGGCUUAAUGUCAGACUGCAAAUUAUAAUAAAUAUUGUACCAAAUUUA